AUGUCAGAGGAGCAGAAUUAUUCAUAUCCAAAUAGUCCAAUUAUUAUCGUAGGAGGUGGUUUAGCGGGGAUCUCGGCAGCCCAUGAGGCCUAUUUAAGAGGCGCUAAUGUGGUGUUAAUCGAUAAACAAGGAUUCUUGAGCGGAAAUAGUGGUAAGGCGACUUCAGGAAUCAAUGGUGCUCUAACGAGGACUCAGGUAAAACUAGCCAUCAAGGACUCUGUAGAGCAAUUCUACGAGGAUACCCUUGCGACGGCAAAAGAUAGAGCAAAUCCGGAGCUAAUUAGAGUAUUAACUUAUAAUUCUGCAAGUGCAGUUCAUUGGUUGCAAGAUGUGUUUGAAUUAGACCUAUCUGUAAUUUCAAGACUAGGAGGACAUUCACAACCUAGGACUCAUAGAGGGAAGGAUGCCAAGUUUCCUGGAAUGGCAAUUACUUAUAGAUUGUUAGAAAGGCUAGAGAGUUUCAGUGAAUCUGAACCAGAUAGAAUUAAAAUCCUUAAGAACUGCCAAGUAUAUGACUUGCUUAAAGACAAUGAAGACAGUCAUCAUAUUACUGGUGUUAAGUUCAAGAAUCUUUUAGACAAAUCGAAGCACGAAGUAAAUGGCCCUGUUAUAAUGGCAACGGGUGGUUACGCUGCUGAUUUCACAAAAAACUCGCUAUUAAGAAAGUAUAGACCAGACAUCUACGAUUUGCCGUCUACUAAUGGAAGUCAUGCUACUGGAGAUGGUCAAAAAAUUAUUCUUAAAAAUCAUGGUGCAGCCAUCGAUAUGGAUAAAGUUCAAGUCCACCCUACAGGCUUAAUCGACAUCAAUGAUACUGAUACCAUUAAUGGAAAGAAACAUCCGAGAUUCCUUUUCUUGGGUGCUGAAGCGUUGAGGGGCGAAGGGGGCCUCAUUUUCAACAACAAGGGAGAACGGUUUGUAGAUGAACUUGGGACCAGAGAUUAUGUAAGUGGUGAAAUUGAAAAACAGGUAAAGGCUGGAAAUGGUCCCAUCAGACUCGUUCUUAAUGAAAGCUCGAAGAAGAAGCUUGAGUUUCAUGUCAAACAUUAUAAAUCUAGAAAUUUGAUGAAGACUGUUAAUGGAUCUGGCCUCCUCAAAGAGUUUGAUUGUUCCAAGGAAAAGUUCGAAGACCAAUUAGAGAAGUACAACAAAGCUGCUAAAAAUGAAGUGAAAGACGAAUUUGGGAAGAAAUAUUUUCCCAAUGCACCAUUUGAGUUUGAUGAAAAUGCUAAUUAUAACGUUUCUUUCAUAAGCAGAGUCGUUCAUUUUACGAUGGGAGGUGUGAAAAUAAAUGAUAAGAGCCAAGUCCUUUAUGAAGAGUCAGCUGAUAAAUUCAAACCUUUCGAAGGGUUAUACGCAGCAGGAGAACUAGCAGGGGGUGUUCAUGGUCAUAACAGAUUAGGCGGGUCCUCCUUAUUAGCAUGCGUAGUGUUUGGCAGAGUAUCGGCUGAUGAUGCUUGUAGUUUCCAUUUUCAACAAUUGCUUAAUGCAACUGGAACUGGUAAUACUGCCGCAAACAGGUUGAGCCAAAUAAAUUUUCACAUUGAUCCCCUGACCCCACAAAGACUCAUUAUUGAUUGGGGUGAGAAUACAAAUAAAUCAGGGGCAGAUUCAACUCCAGCACCUGCUUCAACUCCAGCAACCGCGAAGAAGCCUACAAAGGAGCAGGUUGGUAACUCCUCUGGUGCUGCUCAGGGUAAAUUUGAAAUCCCAACGAAAGAAUUCACUGCAGAAGAAGUGGCAAAGCAUAACAAGCCAGAUGACUGUUGGUGUAUUAUAAAGAAUGUUGUAUUAAAUUUAACACCUUUUUUAAACAAUCAUCCUGGUGGGAAAGAGUCAAUUCUUAACUACGCAGGUAGGGACGCUACCGAGAGCUUUGAAAUGUUGCAUGAAGAUAAUUUUAUCGAAAAAUAUGUGAAAACUUGUGUUUUAGGAAGACUCAAAGGAAAGACUCCAGCUUUGGAUAUGUAA